CUGUUAUCUGUGUGCUAACCUAGACUAGAAUGUGGAAUUAUUGCCCAAGUGUAUUAUGGAGUUGUAAACCUAGGAACGUGCCAAAUUCAAAAUUGAAUAAAUGAAAAUAAUUAAAUGAAAGACCGUAAAAAAUUCUAACAGAUAAAAUGGAGCUUCACAAGUCAGGCAACUGUGACAGCGAUGAUGAUCCUGUCGUUUCAGAGUUCCCAGUAUAUCAUUCGACAAAUCUAGAAGACAACCUCUACUUGUUUCAAUACAAAUGUGAUAUUACUGCUAGUUUGAGAGGUGAAGUUAAUAAGGUGAACUUCAAGCCUGAAAAUGAAGAGUUGAAUUUUAAAGUUGGCAUGGAUACAUCUGGUUCCAGUUUCAAUGGAUCAAGAACAAAAUUUGGAGAGGAUGAUACAGAGGAGUAUGUGUCAAUAAGUUCACGCAAAAGUGUAAGUGAACCAGAAUAUGUUACUGUUGGUGCCUUCAAUGGUAAAGAAUUCCAUCUUACUACAGUUAAAAAUGUAUUUAAAUUAGAUGUUGAUUAUCAACAGCCUGAAAAAAAACAAGAUAAAAAUAAUAAGAAAACUGCUAGCUCAGACGAUGAAGCAGGACCUAGUAGUGCACGACAAGUUACAGUUAAGUUCAAACAAACUCCUCGGUCAAAUCAAAAACAAAUGAUAAGUUCUAAAAAUCAUACUGCUAAAAGUGCUAGUGAAAAAUGGAUCGAAUGUGAUUUGGUUAAACCAGAAAAUACAAUUAGUAAGAAUCAAAAACAGAAAUUAUUCACUGAAUAUAUGCAUGAGACUGAUCAAGCCAAUAACUUAACAGAAAUAGAAUAUUUAAAACAGAUUGUACCAAAAGAUGAGGAGCAAUCAAUCAAUGAACCUUCUCUUCCUUCGCAUUUAAUAUCUCUCAAUGCGCUCAGAGCUUUGCCUCUCUUAGAGCAAUGCAGACUGUUGCUGAAGGGUUCUCAAAUAGUCCAGUUUCAACAGAUUUUGAUGCUGUUAGCUGGUUCGUCAGGCCUAACAAAUGAUAGUCUUUUGAAGACGCUUCCUAAGGUUGCUGUAUUGGUUAGAGGUAAUUGGGUGGUAAAGUCAGAGGUGUUAUAUCCGCCUGAAACUAUGUCUCCUAUUUGUGGUGUUCCUUCCGAAAACAUGUGUAGAGCUAGGGAUUAUCUGCUCUAUCUUUUUACCAAAAAUCAAUUUGUUGAACGUAAGAAGGUGGCAUCAAUAGUGAAGGUUCCAGCUGAAGAAGUUAAGGAAAUUUUCAAAGGUGUUUCCUCGCUUAGGCACAAUAAAGGUUGGGAACUGAACUUGGACACAGAUUUCGAUUUCAUAGCAAAACAUCCUGACAUCGAGCAAAGACAGACCCUUCUAUGGGAGCAGAGAUAUAUUCAAGUCUGUGAUUUUCUCAAGGAGAAGAAAAGGAGGAAAAGUAGAAGUGAAAGUAAAAGUUUUAGUGAAGAUAAGAAAAGUGGACAUUGCAAUAGUUCGGAUAAUGAUUCUGGUACUGAAAAAACUAAAUCGCCACCGCGAAAAAAAAAAAAGAUGCCUGAAUGAUGAAUUACUUAUACAAAAAGAAUAAAUCAACAAAUUUUUGUAUUUACUAUUUAAUUCAACAAAGUAUAAUUGUCUAUCUGAUGAUAAUUAUUUAUUUAAGACUGUUAAAAUUCCUCCAAUCUGUAUAUAGUGUAAACAUUUUGGAAAGAGAAUGAUUUACAGGCUGGCCAACUGAAAAUCUGGCAUAAAGAAUUAAGGUUAUGAUAGAUUGAUUGAAAUAGCUCACUUAUUGAAGAGACUCAUUGAAAUAUUCCUAAUAAAUUUUUUACUCCUAAAUACUUCUUUUUUGAUUUUUUAUUGGCUACCCUGUAAUGUAUUGAGAGAUUUCAACAAAUUGAAACAAUUUUAUUUCUUCAAAUGCUGACAAAAUACGAGUCCAGCUAUUAUUAUAUUGUCUGUGCAGGGAAAAUAGCAGUUAAGCGAAGUAAUUUUUUAUGGAUUUCAUAAUAAGAUAUAUGCAAACGAAAUAUUAGUUCCUUAAUGUAAAUACUCAUUUGCAUUGUUUCAAGUACUGUAGUUGUUACUCCAUCAACUGAAAAAAUGAAAGUCAAAAUAAAAACAAAGAUUUUAUUGAGGUUAGAAUAUUUGUUACAAACAUUGUAUUACUUAUUAUUAAUUCCAAAUAAAUAUUUUCAGCAAUUA